AUGACGGUGGAAGCUUUGGUGCUCUCUGAGCUUGGAGAAACCUGUUCGGUCGACAUCGACGAAUGUGAAUCUCAGCCGUGUGAGAACGGAGGGAGCUGCGUGGACUUGGUGAACAGCUAUCGUUGCGACUGCUUGCCCGGAUAUUCAGGAGAAACCUGUUCGGUCGACAUCGACGAAUGUGAAUCUCAGCCGUGUGAGAACGGAGGGAGCUGCGUGGACUUGGUGAACAGCUAUCGUUGCGACUGCUUGCCCGGAUAUUCAGGUAAAUGGAUGAAGAAUGGGAGAGAAUUUGAGGAUGGGAAAGAGAGAAAGUCUUGUGGAGGGUGGGGGCCCAAAUUCUUAUGGGGUCUUUAUGUGACCAAAAGGUGUAUCUCUUACUCCUUUUUUCGCUUACCUGAUUUAUUUACCUAAUUUCGAGCUGAGUGAAUUCUGCACUUCGAUAUCAAAGUCAGAUGGCUGAAGACGUUCCAGCUUUGAGUUUGGGAUGGAUGGGAUGGGAAGGGAAGGGAAGGGAAGGGAAGGGAAGAGAAGAGAAUAAGAAUAAGAAUAAGAAUAUAGAGUAGAGUAGGAUAGGAUAGGAUAGAAAAGGAAAAGGAAUAGAAGAGAAGAGAAGAGAAGAGAAAAGAAGAGAAGAGAAGAGGCAUUAG